AUGCGCACCUCUGAGAUUGAAGACACCAAAGAGUCUCCUGCAGACAGUCAACACAUUGAAUUGGCCGGCAAUUACAAUGAGACCAAUGGAAGCCUCGCAGAACUUGCUAUCCAAGACGAUGUAAUAUAUCCAGAUGGCGGUGUCAACGCUUGGCGUACCGCUCUUGGCGGAUUCCUCGCAUUCAUUGCCAGUAUCGGCUUCCUGAGCGGUGGCUCCGUAUUCCAGAGCUACUACAUCACAACGACCCUGUCCUCGUCGAGCCCUUCCGAUAUUGCCUGGAUUGGUAGUGUGCAGCUCUUCGGUUGCUUUUUCUUCGGCAUUUGGGCCGGUAGGCUGUCUGACAAGUAUGGUCCAACAUUGCCGUUUGGGGUGGGGACUAUAUUCAUGGUUCUUGGCAUCAUGAUGGCUUCCAUAUCGAAGACGUACUACCAGUUUUUGCUGUCCCAGGGAUUUUGUGUGGCACUCGGCAUGGGUCUGAUAUUCACACCUGCCCUAGCUGUCCAGUCGCAAUGGUUCCUAAGAAAGCGUGGCUUUGUCGUUGGUGCAGUCAUGUCGGGCCAGAACGUGGGAGGUAUGUGGAUAAUAUGGCCUGUGCUGGCGAAUAAGCUGCUCAAUGCUAAUGGAAUGUCAUUGGGCUGGACCUUACGCAUCAUAGGCUUCAUGCAGCUGGGUUUAAUGAUUGCAGCCACUCUAUUGGUCAAGCCGCGGUUUCCCAGGACCUCGGAACAUGAUUUGCUUCCUGUUAGGCAAUAUUUCACUGACAAGCGGACCAUCCUCUUUACCAUCGCAAUGCUGAUUAUGGACUUGGGGGUUUAUAUUCCAUGGUUUUACAUCACUCCGUAUGCAAUGCAGUGCGGUGCCUCUGAAAGCCUCGCCUUCUACGAUGCAGCGAUCUUGAAUGGUGGCGCAUUUUUGGGAUGCUACGCAUUGGGAAUAACAGCGGACUUGGGAUUGGGGUUUUUUAAUUCUCUCACAGUUGCCACUUUCGGAUGCGCUGUGGUCGCCUUUGCGUGGAUUGGUGCACAACAAACUGCAGGCGUCAUUGUGUGGGCUAUAGUGUACGGUGUUCUGUCUGGUGCUCUUCAAGCCAUAUUUUCACCAUGCCUAUCUCUCCUUGCACCAACGCCAGAAGUGAUCGGCUCCUGGAACGGCAUCGGUAUCACGGUUGCGUCCUUUGCCGUUUUAGGCACUGGGCCCAUCGCUGGACAACUACUCAAUAAUACCGGCGGAAAUAACUACGUCCCGAUGCAGUUGUUUACGGGAGUUUCUUUGGUUCUCUCUGGUGUCUUAUAUCUCGCCACUCGGUUCUCGGUGUCUCGUGAUAGGUGGAUUUAA